CAUGCUUUCAUUCUAGCUCUCUGACUAUGUCGAUCAAAUAAACUCGCAGUAUCUACGGAGCUAUGCCCAGCGUCUCGAUCCGACUGAGGGGACCACGCAGGAGAAAAGCAAACUCAAAAAGUUAAGUCGACCAUAACCACAGCCAACCUUUCUUUCUAAACAAGAAGGCUCGGGCUUCUCCUUAAAUGUAUAAACUUCAACAAGCUACAGCUGCCUUGAGCUCGAUGAUGAUCAUUUGUUGACAAGGAUAUGCUCCUUGUGCUUUCGAGUGGGCGAUCGAUGAAUGAACUACUCCAAGCCAAGGAACAUUCCUAUGGACGUGAACUAGAGAGGACGCAGAAUCAAUAUUAUAUUUAUAUAUAUUUAAGAAAAGUAGUUAGCGGGAUACUUUAGGAUACUUGUUGAUAGUUGCCCCUUUCUCUUUCAUAUCUUCCUCCGGUCUGUCUUUUUUCUAGUUAGGUCGGCUCCACCACAAAUAUAUAUAAGAAAAGUAAAAUGAAUACGAAAAGGCACAAAACAAGGGUUAGGUGGUCACGAAAUUCCAUAUCAGGGGCGGUCACGUGACAUCAUGAUAUGGCACGACUAUGACGGUGACACGACGUGAUUAGAAAAUAUGGAAGCCCGCCAAGCCAAGGAACACUCCUAUUAGUCGAAAGAUGCGAACUCUGUGGUAGAGAAGCUCUAAGAAUCAUCUUGGCGGAAACAUCUGCGAGGGCUGUGCGUUUAUGGCGGUGACGAAACGACUACAUUAUACUUAUAGCAUAGAUUCUUCACCUAUGACAGGCUUAGCGCGUUAUUUGAGCAACGCAUUAUUUAGAGGCAUGGUGCUUGGAUUCUAGUACUGCUCUGUUAAAGUUCUGCUUUAUAACGUGUUGCUAACGUAGUUGUAUAGUCGACGUCUCCGACUGAGAAGUGAAUGAAUGAAUGUUGCUAAUAAGUAACGCGUUAAGGCUGCCAUAUUACCUUCAAGCCCAAUAGUGCCCUUCCUUUUUCGGAGUCUCAUGAUAAGAAAAGGAAGGGCACUAUUGAGCUUGAAGGGCACUAUUGAUUUUUCCUGCUGUUGGUCUCCCCUAUCAUGAUAUUAUAAGAACGUCUUAAAUCAUAGGUUUAGUAGGUUUGCUGAAGCUGAACGAUUCUGCUCGCUUUGCUCAGUUGAAUUUUUUGACUGCACUAGUACAAUUACUUUCUUAGGAGUCUCAACGAUUUGUUGGUAGCCCGUCCUUCAUGAAUAAAUCCUGAGGGUAAGGACGCGGACUCAGUCCCGGUCACGGAGAAGCGAGUGAUUGCAGCCUACAAGGCCAGGGCAGUGCGUGAAGCCCUACAGCAAGUAUACGGGGAUUAAGAAGCGUCUGAAAAUCAUUAUCAGUGUUUUUGAAUACUUUGGUGGAUUUUCGAAGUUUUUUGCGACGAACACAAUGCGUUGUCGGUUCAUGAUGUCGAUAGUUCUGAAUAAAAAUAGAGAUACUACGUCUAUUCCUUGAGCUGCAAAAUUACUAUGCCGAGGAGGGUACAGUUCUAGACCUUUGCCCGUCGUCUUACGGUCCUACGCUUCGCCAAGCGUAAGUUUUUGAUUGUUUGUUGUUGCAUAAUUAGGGUGGAAGCAAGCAUCUCUUCCUGCCAGUAGAAUUUCUAAGAAAAAGCAUGCUGCUUUCCCUCGUGGGCACGUCAAUAAAUCAAAGAGUCGCCGAUCACUCAAGGACAAAUCAGCCAAUUAAGCGCGAUUGGUCCUUGAGUGAUUGGCGACUCUUUGACUCAUGAUGAGCAUUAGUUCCUGACGAAUGAUUUCGGAGUCGGAAACGGAAGUUGACCUUGGUGAGCUAGCACCCAUAAGAAGGUCAACUACGCCGCUCCGAUCUCAUUGCGAGCGCCUGCCUCUCUCCUUUUCUCCGGUAGGACCUUAUGUGGCUGAAGUCAGGAAUUUUUACUUCGAGCGCUCUGAUUAUAAUAACUUAACUAAGCCUUUAGAGUCGUCAAUCACUCAAGGACCAAUCACCCAAUUAAUCAUAAUCUUCUUAAUGUUUAUGAGUCGUCUUAGCUCUUCUAACAUCGACUCCCGGCAGAAGACCGAGUGGCAGCGGACAAUGCCCCGUUAAAACCGGCAUCUCGUG